AUGGGGCCAGGUACCAGUACCCAACUUAAAGCCUGUCUGAGUGUCUUCUGUUUCUACGUUCGCCUCAACGAGGAUAGAGAUACUAUCCAUCGAGCCGUCUAUAUUCAGGAAAAGACGUUGCAGUCACUUACCAACAAAUGUCGCGUGAAAUUUGCCUGUGAUCCUGGUUCACACCUUCACUUCACUCGCAUCAACAGUCAAGGAUUCCGCGUGCUUGUAACAGAACACUCGUUGUCUCAACUCCCUGACGGUCAAGACUUGAUCAUGGACAUCAUGGCUUGUGAGAACGAACAUGCACAGGGUGAUUCCAACCAGCAGGAUACCCGGCAUGAUGGUCCUACCGAUCUCGAGAAACGGCUAGAUCCAGUCAUCGAAACACAAUAUUCCGAAAGCUUUGUGGACAUGAAUUAUUCGUUCGAUGCCUUGAUGGUGGCCAAUCCUGAUGAGUAUCUCGUUCCUGCCUUCGAUACACCCGAAAGCCAAUACGAUCAGGUCAACAUGUCCUGCACUCGGCAAAAUCUGUGGCCGGAACCCUCAAGUGCGUCACGCCAAAGUAUCAUGGCCAUGUUCGAGUCAGGUUGGAGCGAACUCUUGCAAAUGCAACAGACAUGGUCACGAUCCUGGGGUCAAACUAGAUCAAGUCGAGCUGAAUUCAGCCAUGCUUCAGAGUGUUCAGCAUCCAAAGCGUGGCAGAGGAUAAAUGGUUGCGAUUACGAAACAUACACAGAGCACAGCAGUCCGGCAAUCUCCGGCGGUUUUACGCCCGUAGACAUCAUGACGGCAGCAACUCCUGAUGAUAUGCUGUCUACGACCUGUAUGGCCGAGCCACGACACAAUGUGGCAGAAAUGCCCGCAUCUCAACCGAUGUCCAACUUGUCUGGACAAGGCAAGCGACCAAGUCGAGGUUGUAGACUCAGGAAGAGGUCCACAGGAGAGUCUCGGCAGAGGAACCGAGAAGCCGCAGCUAGAUGUCGUGCUCGUCGCAAAGGCGAAGAGGUUGAUAUGCUGGAGCGUAUUCAUAAGAUGAAACUCGGAAACCAAGAACUCCGCACUGCUAUACAUGAAUUGCAGAUGCAGGUCGUGUUGAUGAAAUCCCUCCUUGUGCAGCAUGGCUCCUGCAUUGGAGAUGAGCGGUCGUUGGCGUCAAUGACCUAG